AUGUGGGCUCGUGUCCAUGUCCGUCUUCACGGACCAGUUCAGGCUGGAGAGCUUGGAAAAUCCGGCAGCUUCUGUGGAAGUGGACGAGACGGACCUUGCCCUGCCGUUCGACUCGGAACUUUACUCCUGGAUUCACAAAGACGCCAACAGCGAUCGCUUCCAGGUGGAAGGCGUCGACAGUUGGAUCCCAGACGGCACUUUCCUAGAGCACCUCAAAGUCUGGUACCGGACUCCGGUCGCGCCCCGUGUACGGCAUCUUUGGGGGCGAAUCCCUGGCGGGUUGGCCCCAGGCCGGUACAACUUGAGCUUCCCGGUGAACAGCGGGCUCUGGAAGCAGUGGGACAUCGAGAAGCGCGUGGUGUUUUCGCAGCUGUCGAGCUUUGGGAUGGGCAGUCCCGGAGCUUGCUUCACGCUGGCGGCUCUCUGCUGCGCCGUGGCGUCGGUGGACUUGUUGGUGGCCUUGGCAUUGCUCUUUGUGGGGGAGGCCCUCAGUCGCAAGAGGCUCCCCCGAGGUUGCUCUGA